AUGGAGCCUCCGGCCGUCCCCUCGGAGAGGAGCCUGUCUCUGUCUCUGCCCGGGCCCCGGGAGGGCCAGGCCACCCUGAAGCCGCCCCCCCAGCACCUGUGGCGGCAGCCGCGGACCCCCAUCCGUAUCCAGCAGCGCGGCUACUCGGACAGCGCGGAGCGCGCCGAACCCGAGCGGCCGCCACACCGGCCCAUAGAGCGCGCCGACGCCGUGGACACCGGCGACCGGCCCGGCCUGCGCACGUCCCGCAUGUCCUGGCCCUCGUCCUUUCACGGCACCGGCAGCGGCAGCGGCAGCGCGGGCGGAGGCAGCUGCAGGCGCCUGGAGGCAGAGAAUGGGCCAACACCAUCACCAGGCCGCAGCCCCCUGGACUCGCAGGCGAGCCCGGGCCUCGUGCUGCACGCUGGGGCGGCCACCAGCCAGCGCCGAGAGUCCUUCCUCUACCGCUCAGACAGCGACUACGACAUGUCCCCCAAGACCAUGUCCCGGAACUCGUCGGUCACCAGCGAGGCGCAUGCAGAGGACCUCAUUGUGACACCGUUUGCCCAGGUGCUGGCCAGUCUCCGGAGUGUUCGCAGCAACUUCUCCCUCCUGACCAAUGUGCCCAUUCCCAGCAACAAGAGGUCCCCACUGGGCGGCCCGACCCCUGUCUGCAAGGCCACGCUAUCAGAGGAGACGUGUCAGCAGUUGGCCCGGGAGACACUGGAGGAGCUGGACUGGUGUCUGGAGCAGCUGGAGACCAUGCAGACCUACCGCUCUGUCAGCGAGAUGGCCUCCCACAAGUUCAAGAGGAUGCUAAACCGUGAACUCACACACCUAUCAGAGAUGAGCAGGUCAGGAAACCAGGUCUCUGAGUACAUCUCCACCACGUUCCUGGACAAGCAGAAUGAAGUGGAGAUCCCAUCACCCACGAUGAAGGAUCGAGAAACACAGCAAGCGCCACGGCAGAGACCCUCCCAGCAGCCCCCGCCCCCGGGGCCGCAGUUCCAGCCCAUGUCUCAGAUCACCGGGGUGAAGAAGCUGACGCACAGCAGCAGCCUGAACGAUUCCAGCAUCCCCCGUUUUGGGGUGAAGACCGAUCAAGAGGAGCUCCUGGCCCAGGAACUGGAAAACCUGAACAAGUGGGGCCUGAACAUCUUCUGCGUGUCAGAUUACGCCGGGGGCCGUUCCCUCAGCUGCAUCAUGUACACCAUAUUCCAGGAGCGGGACCUGCUGAAGAAGUUCCACAUCCCGGUGGACACGAUGGUGACGUACAUGUUGACCCUGGAGGACCACUACCACGCUGACGUGGCCUACCAUAACAGCCUGCACGCCGCCGACGUACUGCAGUCCACCCACGUGCUGCUGGCCACACCUGCGCUGGACGCUGUGUUCACGGACCUGGAGAUUCUCGCCGCCCUCUUCGCGGCUGCCAUCCAUGACGUGGACCACCCCGGGGUCUCCAACCAGUUCCUCAUCAACACCAAUUCGGAACUGGCGCUCAUGUACAACGACGAGUCGGUGCUGGAAAACCACCACCUGGCCGUGGGCUUCAAGCUGCUGCAGGAAGACAACUGCGACAUCUUCCAGAACCUCAGCAAGCGCCAGCGGCAGAGCCUGCGCAAGAUGGUCAUCGACAUGGUGCUGGCCACGGACAUGUCCAAGCACAUGACUCUCCUGGCUGACCUGAAGACCAUGGUGGAGACCAAGAAAGUCACCAGCUCGGGGGUCCUCUUGCUGGAUAACUAUUCGGACCGCAUCCAGGUCCUGCGGAACAUGGUGCACUGCGCAGACCUCAGCAACCCCACCAAGCCACUGGAGCUGUACCGCCAGUGGACAGACCGCAUCAUGGCCGAGUUCUUCCAGCAGGGCGACCGUGAGCGCGAGCGUGGCAUGGAGAUCAGCCCCAUGUGCGACAAGCACACGGCCUCGGUGGAGAAGUCUCAGGUGGGUUUCAUCGACUAUAUUGUACACCCCCUGUGGGAGACGUGGGCUGACCUGGUCCACCCAGAUGCCCAAGAGAUCCUGGACACUUUGGAGGACAACCGGGACUGGUACUAUAGCGCCAUUCGGCAGAGCCCAUCGCCACCGCCCGAGGAGGAGCCCGGGGGACCGGGCCACCCCCCUCCACCGGAUAAGUUCCAGUUUGAGCUGACGCUGGAGGAGGAAGAGGAGGAGGAAGUGUCCACUGCCCCGGGUGCAAUCAAAGUGCAGGAAUUGUCCACCGCCCAGGAUGCACUCCCAGCUGAGGAACCGUUGGAGGUCGAUGGCCAGGACCAGUGUACGGAAGCGGAGGUAGAGGAGAUGUACUUGACACAGCAAGCAGACUCAGGUGCACCUGUUGGUGUUGUAGGCUGCCGCAGACCCCAUGCCCUGUCUCCUGAGAGCCUCCCUCUGCCUGCCUUGAGGACCCCGCCCCCUCCAGAGGAGGACCCGGGCCUCCUGGGCCUCCCCUCCACGGCAGCCGAGGUGGGGGCCCAAAAAGAGCAUCAGGCUGCCAAGAGGGCGUGCUGUGCCUGCACAGGGACUUCUGGCGAGGACCCACCCACACUCCCAGCUCCUGGAGAGUGGGGGUCAGCUGGAGGCCCUACCUGAGCCUCAGCCCCUACAUCCUGUCGGCCUCCCUGCCUCCCUCCACCACCAUCACCCCCCAACCUUCUCCACUGCCUCGAAGACUCUUGGGCCUCCUGAGAAAAAAGAAAACAGAAAAGUGGGUUUUUUUCUCUUUUCUUUUUUUCCCCUUUCCCCCCACCCCCAACCACGGGGCCUCUUUUUGGAGGUGGGGGCUGGGGAACAAGGGGCUGAGGUCCCCGAAGGGAUUUUAUUUUUGGAAUUUUAAUUGUUACAUUUUUAGAAAAAGAAAAAAAAAAGAAAAAAAAAAAAAACCAGGAUGAAACACAGCAACUGUAGAUGCUCCUGUUCCCGGCUCCCCUGGGCCAGCUCCAGCCCCUACCCUGCACCCGUGCCCCCCCCACCACCCCCAAGGUCUAGGCUCAGUCUUCCGGCCUCUGUGGGCUCUUUGCCUGGUGUAGAGUCUCCCUCCAGACUUUUCUUCUGAAUUUUGGAGGGUCUCUAGAACCCAGCCAGGAAUAGCCAUUCUGGGUGGGGGCCCCUAGGGGUGAGGAGGAGGGCCCAGUUGGGGGGGGGGGCCGCCCAGCUCCAGCCCCUCUCUGGCUCUCUGCCCUCCCCUCAGAAGUCUUCCGCCUCAUUUUGCACAAACCUGGCAAUACUGACUGGGAGGGGGACAGGCAGGGGGGGAGACGUGGGCUUAGGAUGACAGGCGGGGUGGGGUGUUGGAGGGACAUUCACAUCACCAACCUGGGGUCUGAGGUUUGAGGAGGGCCUGAUCCCCCUCCCCCCUCCCCCUGCCACCCCUUUUCCCUUCCACUCUGGUUUCCUUUUUAAUUUUCUCCCUUUGGUGGGGGGAUGGCUUGGAGCUGCACCCCUCCUUCCAGCUGCUUCUCCUCUCGUUUCUGCCUUAAUGAUUCUCUCUGCCAUAGGAGAGGGGGUUGCAGUGGCUCCCACCCGCCCCUCGGGUGGGGUGGGGCCAGGCCUAGAACCCCCAUCCUGGGCACCUCCGCCUCCCCAGCAUCCUCCUGCCCUCCCCGACUCUUUGCCCUAGGAGGAAGCAAUAACGGUGUACACCCACAUCCCCUUUCUGGGCAGCCCUUCCCACCCUGGCACCAAAGUCAUUCCUCCUUUGCCCCGACCUUGCCAAGCCUCCCCCUCUCCCCCUAGCUAUUCCCCCGAGCAAUACGACAGACAGAUGCAAGGCCAUUUUUCUCCAAGCCAUGGGGGACUGUUUGGAAGGAAAGACCCCCCUCUUCCCCCUCCGCUGUGCCCCUCCUCCUGGCUCUGCAGCUGGGCGGGACGGGCCUCUCUCUCUCAUUUCCUGCCCCUGCAAUUCUGAGCACACAGUACUGUAGCCCCCAGCUCCCCCCAGCCUUCCAUCUGUCUGUCCUUCCCCGUGGGGAGUACCACCCGCUCCCACCCCCAUGAUGCUGUACAGGGUUCAUUUUUUGUAGCGAAAGUAGUUUCAGUCCCAGCCAGUGACCGGAGUGGGCCUUUUGUUUGUUUGUUUUUUGUUUUCCUUCUUUCUUUGUUUUCUUUCCCUUUCUUUCUUUUCUUUCUUUCUUUCUUUCUUUCUUUCUUUCUUUCUUUCUUUCUUUCUUUCAGUACAUACUGUAAGGUUGGUUUGUAAAUUAUUCUACAGAGGCAAAAAGGGAAAAUAAACUUGCCCUUCCCCCGCUGACUCAGUCAGGGGAAGAAGGGGUGGGGGUCUCCCGGAGGGAGCCUCCAUUCCUGCUGUAUUAUACAAACUGUACCAUAGACCCCAGAGGUGUGGACUCAGUGCUGUUAUUUAACAGGGAGUCGUGUCAUCAGAGGGGGUGAGGGCUGGGCAGAGCCUGCCCCUCCCCCUGCCCCAGGGCCAGCCGUGAUUGGCAGCUGGGGACAGGGACCCCAGGGUGGAGAGGGGGGCGGUGCAGGACCCCCUUGAGCCGCUCGAGUGUUGUCCACUUUGACGAUCAAUCAGUCGGUCUGCUGAUCGAUAAUCCUUCGAUCUUGUCUCCAAUUAAACCGAGGCAUUCACCCAUCUUCCUGGCUGAUGUGGUGUCCUUUCCCAUCCUGUUUCACAAGGUCUCUCGCACUGUCUGUCUGGGGCGGGGUGGGGAUAAUGAGCGGUCUCUGUCCCUGCCUCUCCCCAAGCAGA